AUGGUUUUAGUUCAAGAUUUAUUACAUCCAUCUCCAGCCACUGAAGCUAAACAACACAAAUUGAAGACUUUAGUUCAACAACCAAGAUCUUUCUUUAUGGACGUUAAAUGUCAAGGAUGUCUUAAUAUCACCACUGUUUUCAGUCACGCUCAAACUGCUGUCACUUGUGACUCUUGUUCUACUGUUUUGUGUACUCCAACUGGUGGUAAAGCUAAAUUGACUGAAGGUUGUUCAUUCAGAAGAAAGUAA